AUGCCUGAAGUACCACCCGGCUGGCCGCACUAUAUGAAGAUGUUCCAGCGACUACGGCCACCGCAGGACCUCGUGCACGGACUCCAUCUCCCGCGGUAUCCUUCCGCGAGAGUUCGACCUCGCGCCGGCAGCGUUCCCAUCACCGGGACCACUCGAUCACCGCUGCCGUCACCCCCUCGGAAAUUCGCCACCGUCCACCCUCUCCCGACGGCGGAUGAAGCCUUGCCUCUGCAAACUCUGACCGUUUCGAUGGAGCAGCUGUCAGUGGCGGGACCUCCGGCGCUUGACUCUAUUCCCCUACCACCCUACGAUCCCCCACCUCCUCCACCACCGCCCAAGGGGCUCCCAUCCCUCAUGGACCUAGAGAUUCUUCCCCCACCACCACCACCUCCGGUGCUCCCUUCACGCGGAGCUCCUACUCGUGGUUCACGCGGAGCUCCUAUUCGUGGUGGCACCUCUCGUGGGUCACCUCGCACCCGGGGUACUUCUCGCGGCCGGGGCUCGACCACGGCGCGGCCUGCCUCGUCGCGUCCGUCCUCAUCGCACCAGACGUCUCCGUCGCCGUCUCAGGCGCGCCCGUCAUCUUCACGCCAGGCGCGGACGUCCUCCUCCCACCCCCAGGCCUCUGACCCUUCUCCAGCUCGACGAGCCCGUUCUCCGAGAUCAGUUGACCAGCGCCAAGACCGUGGCAAACGCCCGCGCCCUUUGUCCGCUCUCCCCCUUCCCCAGGUUAACACCAGCCAGCUUCCCCGCGACACACCCGACAAUUAUACUAAUUAUUUGUGUCGCCAUCAUCCCUGGGCGCGUUUCAUCAAUCCCCGCCCUGUGCACAAACUCAGGAACCCCCCGUUUAUAGUGGUGAAUAAGCUCAGCACAGAGCUUUACCGCCACUUGCCAGAUUCAGGGUACUUGUCCGUCAGGUUCAAUAAAUCCCUUUUUCCUCAGGUGACUCUCCGCGACGACCGGCCACCCGCUGAAAUACCCUUUCUCGAACUGCAGCACCUGGAGGACACCAUCGCCUUCAGGUCUCGCUCACAGCAGACCAUUAGCGACCUUUUGGCCGGC